GAUAGAACGACACGUUGUUUUUGUUUGUUUUGCAGGUUAUAUGAAUUGCUUAGUUAAAGUGAUUGGUAUAGGCAGUAUUACUUGUCAAUAGUUUGACAAACCUGCAAGGAUGUCAAUAUUUACGCCGACGAAUCAAGUACGUUUAACAAACGUAGCUAUCGUUCGCAUCAAAAAGACAGGAAAACGCUUUGAAAUCGCGUGUUACAAGAACAAGGUUAUGUCGUGGAGAAAUAACACUGAAAAAGACAUUGAUGAAGUUCUGCAAACCCAUACUGUGUUUGUAAAUGUAUCUAAAGGGCAGACUGCUAAGAACCAAGAUUUAAUCAAAGCAUUUGGUACUGACAACCAAACGGAGGUUUGUAAACAAAUAUUGGCAAAAGGUGAGUUACAGGUUUCUGAAAAAGAGAGGUCGGUGCAUCUUGAAUCAAUGUUUCGAGAUAUAGCUACAAUUGUGACCGAUAUGUGUGUGAAUCCUGACACUAAACGGCCGUACACUGUAACUGUAAUCGAACGAGCAAUGAAAGAAGAUAUACAUUACUCUGUAAACCCUACCCGAAACACAAAACAGCAAGCGUUACAGGUUAUCAAACUUUUGAAAGAGAAAAUCAACAUCAAUAGAGCAGAGAUGAGACUUAGAUUCUUUCUACCAGGGAAAGAUGGGAAGAAAAUAAAAGAAAAACUUCAACCUAUGUUAAAAACUGUUGAAAGUGAGGAAUUUUCUUCAGCACUUGAAAUGGUUUGCUUGGUGGAUCCUGGUUCUUAUCGACAGAUAUUUGAUAUUGUAAGUAAAGAGACGAGAGGAAAAGGAAAGGUGGAAGUUAUGAAUUUAAAAGACAUCGAAGAGAGCGAAGAAAUGUUUUGAGUUUAUUGUUUUCAGCUCAAAGGAGAUUUCAAAACGUUUGUAACACUGAAUGGUUAUGCAAGAAUGUUUGUAUAAUAUCUUUGUUUCAGUUUUGCCCUGUUUAUAUUUGUUUUACUUUUUUCCUUCUUCGAAUUAUGUUCCCUUUCUCUGAAACUUUAAUGCAGAAUUUACUAUCAAUCGCCAAUACUCCAUUCAGUCACAAACUUUGUCUUUUUCUUGUUUAUUUACUCCUAUUUUCUGCUCCAUCAUUUAAAUAUUAAUUUACAACUGUGGUUGACAAUAAUUAUAUGUGCUUCUGUAUAACA